AUGACCAGGGCUGGAUUCCCCUUUAAGAGAGAGGGACUGGAAGGCAUAAAUGGAGGACUAGGCGGAAACAAUGAUGGAGAAGGAGGGGGAGAAGAAGAAGAUGAAGGGGGAGGAGGAGAAGAAGGGGGAGGAGGAGGAAGAGAGGAGAUAACAGACAAGGUCAUUGAAGCUAGACGACCAGACAUCGUUCUCUUAAAGAAGAAGGAAAAGGAAUGUCUCAUCAUAGAUAUUGCGAUUCCGGGAGACUGCAGAGCUUGGCGUAAAGAGGAGGAAAAGAUACAGAAGUAUAACGAUCUGGCAUGGGAGCUGAGAAGGAUAUGGAAGGUGAAGACGAAGGUGGUACCAAUAGUCAUCGGAGCCUUAGGAACAGUGACAUCAAGACACAUAAGCUUUCUGGCUGUUCUAUGA